AAAGAAGAAGCCUGCGAACGCUAAGCUAGAAAAUUGCUGCAUCCCCAUCUCGGCUAAUAUUUUAGCAACCAUGUCUUCAAUUCAGCAUCUCAGAGAGUUUAUCAGAGAGCGACUAACUGCUGCUACUCAAGAAAUCUUCACAGAGGUUGAAAAAACCAUCAUUUGUUACGAGGAAGAGCUCGAUGCUCAGCGCAGAAUGAUGGGGAUCGACUGGAAACCAGAAAUUAAGCUACACGGAGUCGGUUCGGAACUUCUGAGACAAAGUUCUGACCUCCAACAGCCAAGUGUCUCAAAUGAGGAGGAAGCUUCUGCCAUCCAACAGGUCUGGAGCCUGGCAAGUAGGUCCAGUCAGGACCAGAAAGUAUCAGAACAUCAGUGGACUGAAGAGGAACAGAUGAAACCAGAACCAAAAUGGAUUAAAAAAGAAGAGGACGAACCAGAACCUAUACUGUUCAAACAUGAGGAAAUAGAAUAUCCACUGACAUAUGUAAGAAAAGAGGAACUAGAUUCUUCAGUGCUUCAACAUGAACAGCAGCCACCAGAACAUUUACCAACUGGACAGGACCAGAAGGACCUCUGUAGCAGUCAGGAGGGAGAGCAGCUUGUCCAGAAGCAGUUUGUUGCUUUGAUUGAGACUUCUACUCUUCAGGAAGAUGACAUGAGUGAAGAAGAGACGAGAACAGAGCAGCUUUCCCUUCAUAUCUCUGCAGUGAAUGAGAGCAAAGAUCAGGAAGGAAGCAGCUGCUCUGUGUCAGAGAGUCAGUCUGAAACUGGCACAAAGAAAAGAUCUUUCAAAUGUGACAUUUGUGGGAGAUGUUACACACAACAGUAUAACUUGAAAAAUCAUUACAGAACCCACACUGGUGAGAAACCUUUUUCAUGUGAAACAUGCGGAAAAAGUUUCUCUAUAAUGAGAAAUUUAAAUCGCCACAAGAGAAUUCAUACAGGUGAGAGACCUUUUUCGUGCCAAUCAUGUGGAAAAAGUUUUUCUGAAAUUAGUAAUUUAAAUCGUCACAAGAAAAUUCAUACAGGUGAGAGGCCUUUUUCAUGCAAGUUAUGCGGCAAGAGUUUCUCACAAUUUAGUUCUUUAAAUUACCAUAAUAGUAUUCAUGCAGGGGAGAGGCCUUUUUCAUGCAACUUAUGUGAAAAAAGUUUCGGUCGAGUUAGUCAUUUAAAUGACCACAAGAAAAUUCAUACAGGUGAGAGGCCUUUUUCAUGCCAGUUUUGCGGAAAGAAUUUCUCUCGACUUAGUCACUUAGAUCGUCACAACAAAAGUCAUACAGGUGAGAAACCUUUUUCAUGCCAGUCAUGCGGAAAGAAUUUCUCUCAAAUUUAUCAUUUAAAUCGUCACAAGAAAAGUCAUACAUUUGAGAAAGGUUUCCACAAUAAUCAGCAGUAAAUAAAAAUGAGCUUAAUAAAAAAAUGAAUAUAAAAUUGCUUCUUUGUUUUCAUCAUCUCACUUUCUUCAAAGAGACUAGAUGACAAAAGUUCCACUCCUGUGCCUUGUGUUGUUCCCUCCCCUCUUGUUUUCUUGGUAACGGCUAAACUCAAGUAACUAAAAGCGUAAAUUUUUUUUCAACUCCGGCUGAACCCAACACAUGGCACACGAUGGCGAUGACGGCAACAAAAGAUGAAAAAUUUUCAACUUUGUGGCAUAACUUGUAUAUCCCGCAUAUAUGACCUAGAAAUGUCACAUGACCUAAUUAGCUAGCAACUGUCGCCUCACCACGCAUUAUCCGUAAGAAGGAGAAGCACCUCCCUCUUACCGCCGUGACUUCACACGGUGAAGUAAUGGUCAACCUGUGACCAUUACCUCAGUUACCUGUUAGGCUCCUUGUCUCCUACCACAGAGUGUAGCAUAAAACCCGAUGAGGAAGCAGUCUGGAGCGCUUUGGAUUCAAACUAAAGUCUAUCCACGUCUCUUGGAGAAAAACUGGCUUAUUCAUUUGUCUUUUUCUUUAUCCUUUUUUCUCUUUGAAAACCUGAACGUUAUUUUCUUGACUGCAUAGUUCAACUCUCACAGUGGUUGUAGUCUUGGUCUGCUGCUGAAUGCCGUUGCCUUCAAAUUCACUAAGCAUCAACAAACCAUUUAAUGCAGCUCCACAGGGUGUUCAGUAAAUAUGGAUCUUUGCUUUUUGAUCUGGGAAUGACAACUUUUAAUUUUUUUACUGCUAAAAACAAAACAAAAAAACGAUAUAAUUGACAGAGGCCCUACUUCAUUCCAUUUAUAUGAAAAAUUAACCCCUGUUGGUCAAGGGCCUUUGGGAUUAUCAUAACUUUGCCUUCCUAUAUGCAAGCUAAUGUUUUGGAACUGGAAUUUAGCAUGUGUGCAGAUAAGGUGAAAGUGUUACUUUUUGGAACUUAUUGCACCACGUUUUGUAUGGCUCACCUGUGGUGUAACUACAGUAAAACUGUAAUGAAGAAACUGCAAGUAGCCAAUCAGGACGAUUUCAGAAUCCUCAGAUUUCCACGUUGAACAUCUGCAAGUCAAAUGUUUGUCAUGAGUAGCAUACCAACUUUUUAUGUUUUGCUGAGGAAUUUCAUGUAAAAUGUAUGUGCAGAUUGAAUGUAUCAAACAACUCUACAAUAAAAGCUCUGGCAACUGCAACAUAUGGUGAUAUUAGAUAUUUCUAACUUUAAUUAUUGGAGUCAUUGUUUAUCUGUCUUGUGAUGUUUUUUUACUUGAUUUGUGUAUUUGUCUUUUCUAAAUUGCAUCGACUACUUUUUGUCUCGAAAUUAUUUAUGAAUUAAUACGUUUUUUCUUUUAACUUGUUUUUGUAUGGAGUGAAAAUAGUCUCAAAAUAUUUUUGAGUGUGUAAAAGUAUAUGUGCGUAUGUAAAAGUAUUUGUACCUGUUUUAAAGGAUUUGUGUGUGUGUGCAAAGAUUUGUAAAAAUAUCUGCAUGUGUAAUACAGGAUUUAUAAACUUUAAAAAUACAAUAAACCUUCUCCUACACCUAUGUUGAAAAAGUAUGCACAAGUCACCUGGUACACACACACACACACACACACAAUACUGCAUUUAUUGUAUCCAUUGUGUGUGUGUGAUCCAGUUACACAGAUCCAGUUACAAGUGCACGAGUAUUUUUGAGACUCAUUUGACGCUUUAGGUGUUGCGUCAAUCCGCGUUUCCCCAUCAGAUACGGUUCUCCCUGCGUCGUCUUGACGCUCCGCCCCGCCCACGCGGCAAAAUAUACGCAUGUUCGUUAUGAGCACUGAGAAAGCACGCGCUUGUCUGGGGAACUACGGACACCGUGAAAGCUCAAACAUGUUUCGGCAAAGUUGUCACACUUCACGUUUUUGCGUGAAAUUAAUAGUAAUAGCAGAUAAGGUGAAAGUGUUCCUUUUUGGAACUUACUGCACCAUGUUUUAUAUUGCUCACCUGUGGUGUAACUACAGUUUACAUAUAAUGAAGAAACUACAAGUAGUCAAUCAAGACACUUAACGAAUUCUCUUCAGAUUUCCACGAUGAACAUCUUCAAGUCAAAUGUUUGUCAUGUAUAAAUUUAUGUGCCGCUUGGAUGUAUCAAAAAACUUCACAAUAAAAGCUCUGACAACU